CGAAAUACAAGAAGAGUUAGAGAAUUCCUAUCAAGAGGAUCAGCAAUUUCUCAACUCAUAUUUAAUAAUUAUAAAUAGUGUAUAGCUCAAAAUCUCACGAGAGAAAUAUUCUCUGAAGUUUCUGUGUUAAACAUUAUUUACUUCAUGUGAAUUGAAUCAUAAUAUAAAAAAAGUGAUAUACGAAGAAAAACUUUUUCAUGCAAUUUUGAACGAUAGCGCAUGCGUAGAAUAGAUAUAAAGUUUGAAUUAGAAUACUGAUUCAGCUAUCGUAAAUUCCUUUCUUUUUUUAACAUCUUAAUUUAUAAUAAAUAUUUUUUAUUAUAAAUUCGUUAUGAUAUAUCCAUAUUUCUUGUUUGAUAAAAAUUUUGCACAAAUAUGAAUAUAAUAAUUGUGCUUAUGAUCGUGAUGGAAUUAUGUGUGGCCUCACCACAAUACUAUCUUCCCUCGGGAUUCGUGUAUCAACAUCCAGCAAAUCUACUGAAUUCGGCAAUAGAAGAUACUUUACCAAACGAAUUACGAAAUAACUUUUAUAAAAAUCCGCAAAUUGCUGCUAAACUCGCAAAAGAAUCAUGGAUUUUCAACAAAGAAAUGCAGGUAAUCGAUCGUGAAACAGAUAAAAUACCACGGGAAAAAGUAUAUAAUGUUCUUCAUAAUGCAGGAUUUGUGCGAAAAUAAAAAAAUUGUAAAAAAUUUUUAAUAA